AGGUCCCUUGCCAUUCAACCCCCAAGCAAACAAACUUCAAGUGCCUCCCUCCCUCCCUCUCUCUAUGUGUGCGCGCGCGCGCGUGUGUCUGUGGUCUCAGAGGAACUUUGAGCUUUGAAGGAAGGGCAUGGUGAUUCUGAUGGUUGCAGACAAGCAGUGUUGAAAUUUAUGAACUACAAGGGCUGUUCGUCUUCAUCUUCAAUAAGCCUGGCAGGAUUACGAAGAAUCUCAGUGCCACUCAGGCUGAGAAGGAAGACCAGGAAGAAGAAGAUCCCCAAGGUCAAAGACAAGUUAAUGGAUUUCUGGCACAAGAUGAUUUUUCCUGUUCGCCGUGUCUGGCUUGCUCUCUCUUCUCGCCUCAAGCAAGCUCGCCCCAAUGGGGAUGGGCUGCUGAAGCUUCAAGAUGAUGUACAGACAUGUGGGUAUCAAGAUGUUCAAGUGAUGUGGGAGAUGCUUAGAAGAACAGAAACUGAGGUUGUGGACAGCCAUCAGAAGAGGAAGCAACAGCCAUUCUGGGGAGUCUUUGUACUGUCUUCUAAUGCUAACCACAGUGAUGCUUCAUCGGAAUCUUCCGAGUCCUCAUAGUUGUUGAAGAGAAGCAGACUCAUGUUUGAUGAUGAUGAUGAAGAAAAGAAGAAGAAGAAGCCUUUACUAAUAAAAUCUGCUGCUUAUGUUUGGAUUACCAGCAGUGCAGAGGCAUAUAACAUCAAACAUAUUGUCAGCUUUCUCUCUCUCUUACAACUGAUAUAUAUAUAUAUAUACCUACUUUGUGACAGACAGUGAUAUUUGUAAAUACAUCAAUGUAUUGUCAAUAGCCAACCCAGAAGCUUUCAGGAAUUGCUUCUUGUGGUUUCAGGCUAACUUGCUUCCAA